AAUCUUGAAAAUGCUAGUACCAUAGCUAACACCUCUGCAAUAUUUCUCUACUGCAGCAGGCUAACAAAAGCAAGUCACCGGUGCAAAACCACUUCCUUCUGGACACGCUGUGUUACUACCUUCGCUGUGGGACGCAGCCAGUCAACCUGCCGCUCUAUUCGGUUAAGAUAACCCGCUCCAGCUCUGAAGGGCAAUAUGUGGUGGAGGAGGUGUUUGUGUCCCAUCUGGAGGCCGACAUCCCAGAGUUCACACACCUCAAAGAAAUGUUAUCAAGCAGGGAAGGCGUCUGUACGGCUAAAGAAGCCAGCAAUCAAAGUCUUCGGAGCAGUCAUCUCUGUCACCUACACAAAGAUCUCUCUAAGCAGACGACAGGUUGUAGAUGGAGAGGCGCUCAUGAUCUGUGGCGUGGUGGUUACAUCAGAGCCGGCAGCUUUAACAUCAGGUGUAAAUCGCCUUAAUGUCAUGUUUGACAGUCUGAACCCGGCGUACAACUCAACGAUCAAAACCCAAAGCAUCACCAUCCGGACGCUGGAGCAUCGAACGCUCUCCGUGUGUUUGGACAAAGACUUCCGCAGGACGUACACUGACGUUCAAAGUCUAGAGAUCACUCCCUGUUUGGACCCAGGAUGUGACAUCGGCUCCCAAAGAUCUUCAGUUCCAAUUGUGGACUUUAGCAAAUAUCUGGACAAAGCCUUCUCGCUGCCCAUCCAAACGUUCACAGGUGUGACCGUCUGAGGACCGUCAGCUGUGUGCAGAAAACGCUGUAGAUAAUGCUCUUGUUGCAAAACAAUGGUGGGUUACAAAGUGUAAAUUAAUCCAAUGUUUGUAUGCUAAUUGUAAAUGCUAAAAAGGGGAGCUUAAAUAAAAGCAUUACCAACAUUUCCCUAUCCUAUUUGACAAAAAUCCUUUGUUGUUGUAAUGUUAAUCCCUUAAAAUAAUUGUUUUAUUAUCGCACUUAUUUAAAAUAUGAAAAUAACGUUAAAGCAAUGUAUAAGAGUUGCUUUCAAUGCAGUCGGACUACCACUUGGACAUUUCCGUUUUUGUUUAUUCCAGCUAAUUUUGUGGCAUGUUCAUCAAUAUAUAGCAACUGGGAGUUAGUAAUCAUUAAUUGACGGUCCGUUGUGUGAACUGAUAGUGACUUGAUCAUUUGUUUUAAUGGUCGAGUUCAUAAUUAUAAAUAUCUUGGCUUUUGGUUGGACGGUAAUCUGAACUUCAAACACCAUAUCGAAGUUCUAACAAAGAAAUUGAAAUUCACUCUUGGCUUCCUUUACAGACUUAAAUGUUGUUUUUCAACUUCAUCCCGUAAA